AUGGCCGCCGCCGCCGCCUUUGCAGCGCCCCCGUGGCCUCCUCCCGGCUCCACUCGUGGCCGGCGGGUGCCACAGGGUCCGCAGCAGGCUGCCAGCAGGCCCGAGCGGUGGCUCGCGACGCGACUCGGCUGCGCCGCCUCCUCGCCGCCGAGUGCUGCGAGCGUCGAGCGAGUCGCCGGCGAGCCAUCCGCCACAGCCUUAGCUGCCGGCUGUGACUUCACCCGGCAGAGCCUCGACGACUUCUCGGCGCUCGUCAUCGCGCGCAUGGCCGUGGCGCCGCGUCCAGGCGGCAAGCGCACCGCGCUCGUCAUCGCGCGCACGGCUGUGGCGCCGCGUCCAGGCGGCAAGCGCACCGUGCCAUGCCUGCGGCGGCAAGCGCACCGUGCCAUGCCUGCGGUGGCGCUGCCACCGACAGCGCCACCAACACUCACGUACCGUGAGGAAACGCCGCCGCGUCGCGUGCGUGGCGCGGCUAUCACUAGCGGCCGGCGCUCGUCGGGUGAUGACUGCCCACACUUCCCGAAGCCUCGCGGGAAGCAUCCGGACGCGCAGUUGCAAGGCCCAAGGCGCAACCUCUCCCCAGACGUGGAGGCUGUCGUUCGGCGCGGUACUCUCGUGGCCCAGACCCCAGACGGUUCGUGCCUCUUCAAUUCCUUCGCGUACUGCGAGCAGCAAGACGCUGGGUGGCUCUUUGGAGCGGCGACGCCCGCCAGCAUUCGGCGUCAAUGUGCCGAGUGGCUGCAGGAGCACGGCAACUAUGUGCACAACGGGCUGCGCAUCGCCAAGUGGAUCGAGCAUGAAUGUGGCCAGCAACUGUCGGUCAAGGACUACGCGUUGCAAAUGCAGCGGUGCCGAGGCCGUGUUUGCUGGGGCGGCGCGCUCGAGAUCCUCGCCUACUCGCGGUUGCGCUCCGUGAACGUUGCGGUGUGGAUACCGACCGAUGGCAGGCCCAAGCACUUCACGCUCACCUCGCGCUUCGAGGUGACCGGUGCAUUGACUACGGUCAACUUGUGCCGGUCACAGCGCAUGCAUUACGAUGUGGUCGAGCUGGUCGGCGAGCCGGUCACGGGCGGGCAAGAGCGAGAGCGGCGGUCGGCGGCGGCCGCCAGGAAGAAGGAGGAGGAGGCGCAGAGCCAGAGGCUGCAGGCGAAGGGCACGCGCACGCGUGCCAGCACUGCGGCGUGGCGCUCCACUCACACGUGA